AAUGCAUUUUUGUAUCGUUCUCCAGCGGGGUUUCCCAUUUCGUCUUCUCACUCCUUAUUCUUCAGAUCGUUCGACGUGACCAUGGCCGGAGGGCUCUCGUUCGAUCGCAUCCUUGUUCUUUUCUUUGCCGUUCAUCUGCUCUUUCCGGCCAUCUUCGCCGCGAAAUUCAACUAUUGCGAUAAGAGAGGUAAUUAUGCUGUGAAGGUCGCUGCACUUGAAGUAUCUCCUGAUCCAGUGAAGAGUGGCAAGCCUGCCACGUUUACCGUUUCAGCCUCAACUGAUAAGGUUCUCUCUGGUGGGAAGUUCGGGGUUGAGGUUUCUUUAUUUGGUAUGCAUAUACACUCAGAAGCUCAUGAUCUCUGUGAAGUGACUUCAUGUCCUGUUGUACCUGGGAAAUUCUCUUUAGCUCACUCCCAAAGCUUACCUCCCUUUACACCACCAGGUUCGUAUUCGGUUAAAAUACUAUUGAAAGAUAACAAGAACCGGCAGUUGACUUGCAUUAACUUCAAGCUCAAAAUUGUUUUUGGUGAUGGGGAAUCAGCAAUUUCCGAGGAAUCCUUGGUUGCUGAGAGUUGAAAAUGGACAGUUCAAGUUUGCUUUCCAUGAAACUUUCUCCUUUGUUCUUUUGCUGUUUGUAUAAUAUUACUAUUACUGAGAGGAUUCAUCUACUUUUGUUGGUCCUUGUGUGUGUAUAAAAGCUUCUGGACAUUAAUGUGAAUUCUUCAAUAUGCAGCUGUUCUCGACAUCCCGCUCGGGUGUAAGCGGGUUGGUUUUCACUUA